AUGUGUCAAGUCAGUAGCUUCCUCUAUAACGUCAAGUGUGGGCACACUAUUUUAGUGUCAACCACUGAGAAAUGUAGAAAUGAAUGUGGCUGCAUGGAUCAGCCCGAUCAUUACAGAUCAGCGAACGCCAAGUGCCCUGAUUGCAUUUACGGCUCGCCUCAACUUCCCCAAAGCAAUAGAAACCAAGCCCUAGCAGAUUUUCAACGUCUACAGGCUGGAGGCGACAAGUUUCGGGCUGAGCUGAAUCAAAAGAAUGAGCCUGAAGAAGCAUAUCUAUGCAGUAUUUGUCCAAAACGCUUGACUUACGACAACGCUCAACGGCUACAGGUUUUGCGUGGGAAUCUGGAAAAAGUACUGAAGUAUUACCUUGGACCAAACGACGAUCAGGACGCACGGCGGGAGCGACUUGAUGAUACCAUUCUUGAGGUUCCAGAGGAUAUUGUCUAUAUGUUCUCAAACGAUGAACUCCUGACCCAAGCAGAACUAUUACAAGAAGCUCACCGGCGAACGAGAAACCUUGAGUAUAUUGAUGGUAUUUCAUGUGCCAUCCACAUGCUCAAAGAGUUUGGAGGACAUUCGGCGGACCAACUACGAGAGAAGGUUUUCGAAUCACUGCCUUAG